AAUAUAAUAUUACUUAUGUCUUAUAAGUACUUAUCUAGAAUAUACACUUUGGAACUUGGAGUUUAUUGUAUUGAGUAUAUAUUUGGAAUCGUUUUUCUGCUGAUCAUAGCACAAUCGUUAUUGUAAUUCGUGAAGCCUACCUAUAAAUUAUUAUGAAUAUAUGAAUAUUAUUGUUCUAGUCUUCAUGGAGUAAUUAUUAUUGUUGUGCGUUGGUUGAUAAGAUACUAUGAUAUUAUUAUUAUUUUGAAUUGAUAGCACGGUUGUAGUUGCGACGAUAACGCAUUGUUAUUUGUUUAAUAUUACGGAAUCCUUUACAUAACUAAUGCAUAAGUCACAAAGCAAAUGCUAAUAGGCAAUUUUCGAAUUUCAAUCAUUUAUCAGAUAUAAUCAGCAGACGUCGUCAGCUGUCAGUAUAGAAAUCUCUAAGACUGACUUACGUGCGGUGAAACGAUUCCUAUAAAAAAAAUAAUUUAUUUAACUAUUACUCGGGAUGGUUACCAAGGAACACUUCCUCUCAAUAUUCAAAAACAUUUAGCUCAUCAAAUCUGUAUAAGCAAUCCUUGCAUUCUGGGAUUUAUUGAAUUAAUGGAGCCAAAGAUUACUGAGUAACAAAGGAUUUUCUAAUCAUGAUUCGUGCCAAUAAUGAACCAUUUUCUAAUUUUAAUUCAAAAUUACGUUUCCGAACAAAAUCGUCAAAACAGUAUGAUAUUUUACCAAAACAUGUGAAAGAUACAGCAUUCAAAUAUGAGAACAACUCUAAAGGAAUACGAUCACCUGCAGGACCACAUCAUUUUUUAUUAUGUAUUGUUAUAUCGGUUGUUGUUUAUACAGUUUUAGCUAUACUAGAAAAAAGUUUACCUGAACCUGUGACAAUAUCUAAUGAACACAAUCAUCCAGACCGAUUUGUUGCUGAAAGGGCCAAAAAUCAUUUAGUUAAAUUAACAUCAAUGGGACCUAGGCCCGUAGGAAGCAAAGAAAAUGAAAUUUUAGCAGUGCAGUUAUUAUUAGAUGAAAUUAAGACAAUUAUUAAACAAGCUGAUUCUGCACACAAAGUUGAAUGGGAUCUACAAAGGGUUAGUGGAGCAUUUUCAUUGCAAUUUCUCGAUGGCAUGACUAAUGUAUAUAGAAAUGUACAAAACAUUGUUGUUAAAAUUGGUCCCAUUCAAACUUCUCGUCACAGUUUACUGAUUAAUUGCCAUUUUGACUCAGUCGUGGACAGCCCUGGGGCAAGCGAUGAUGGUGCUAGUUGUGCCAUUAUGUUAGAAUUAUUACGUGUAAUAUCACGUCUUAAAAUUCCUUUAAAAAAUAACAUAAUAUUUCUUUUCAAUGGGGCCGAAGAAAAUAUGAUGCAGGCAUCGCACGGAUUCAUUACUCAACAUCAAUGGGCUUCUAGUAUACGUGCAUUCAUCAAUAUGGAAGCUUGUGGUGCCGGUGGUAAAGAAAUACUGUUUCAAGUUGGCCCUAAUCAUCCAUGGCUUUUAGAAGCCUAUUCGGAUGCUGUGCCCUAUCCUUUGGCCUCUUCUAUGGCUCAAGAAAUAUUUCAAAGCGGCAUCAUACCAGGCGAUACUGAUUAUAGAAUAUUUCGUGACUUUGGUCGUGUUUCUGGUCUCGAUUUUGCUUGGUCAGCUAAUGGAUAUGUUUACCAUACUAAGUCAGACACAGUAGAUAAAAUUCCUCUUGGUACAUUUCAAAGGACUGGAGAUAAUAUGUUACCUUUAAUUUUGAAACUAGUGAACUCUGUACAAAUAUCAGAUGUUGAAAAGUACAGCACAGGAAAUUUAGUUUUUUUUGAUUUUUUGGGUAUAUUUAUUGUUCAUUGGAGUGAAGUGCUAUCUGAUAUAAUCAAUAUUAGUGUUAUUAUUAUUUCUCUAUUAGUAAUUUUGUACAAUGCUAGUCAUACUCAUGUUACAGGUUUUAAUGUUAAAGAUUAUUUUAAAUCGUGUUUUAAGUGCUCAAGCUUAAUUGUGUUAAUAUGGUUAGCUACUCUAGUCACGAUAGCCGUAUUGUCACUGACUGUUGUGAUGCUUGACCGCUGUUUGAGUUGGUUCGCUCAACCAGCAUGGCUGUUAUUUUUAUAUAUUACUCCAACUAUUUUAGUUCCAAUGGUUCUGUUGGUUUUAUUUGGUAGAAAAUUCCUAUGGGGUAAAAAAGGAACCCAUUACCCGCAGUCCUUAAUGUACUGCAUUUCUCGUGACGGCAAUCAAUUGCUGUACAUUAUGAUUCUUAUGUUAUGUGUGUUACUGCGUAUUAGAUCAGGAUUUGCAGUUGCCCUCUUUGUUACUUGCAACACAAUCAGUAUUGUAUUACACAACACCAUACUGAAAAAUAAUUACGGCUAUAAAGUAUUGUGGUUACAUUGGGGCUGUAUGCUUGUACCAUUCAUGUUAUCUGCUUACAUGAUACAAGCGGCUCUUCUCCUGGUUGUCCCCAUCAUGGGUCGAUCAGGAUCUGGAAAUCAUGCUGAAUCAGUCAUGUCACUCAUAACAUCAGCUAUGUUCACUCUUGUAUUCAGUUUUUAUAAUCCGUUGGUGUUACUACUUCAAAAAGCAUACACUGUGUUUAGUUCGUUAGCAGUUGUGUUAUUAGUUUCAUUUCUAGUUUUAGUAUUUACACCACUCGGAUUUCCGUAUUCUGGCGAUCCUGAUAAUUUGGCACCUCAACGAUUUAUGAUAGCACAUGUCGAACGCAGUUUUUACAACUACAACGGUUCAUUGAGGGAUCAUCAAAAUGGAUUGUGGAUUGUAAAUCUGGAUGUGAAUAGUCCACACUCAGUUGUCAGGCAUGCACCUGAAUUGAUGAAUGCCCGUCAAAUAACCCAGGAUGAAUGUAACAAAGAAUUGUACUGUGGACUACCAUACUUUAUACCAGUUAUAACAUUUAUAUGGAAAACUCAUUGGAUUGAUACAAAACCAUUAGAUGUUGAAAUACCAUUGAGUCUUAAUUUAACAUAUAGGGAUUACAGACUAAAUAAUGUCCAGAGGCUCUCGUUCUCUGCCAUUGGUCCUGAUCAUAUAACUUUUACGUUAUCUUUAUACGAUGGUAUCAAGCUGAAAGAUUGGAGUUUCAGUAGUGGUGAACCUCUCAAAGGACCACUAUGGAAUGGCCGUCCUACUUAUUUUGUGUAUUAUUCAUGUGCUAACGAUAUUAUUCCAUGGGACUUUUGGAUCGAUAUUGAGGUUCCAAAAACUCAUGUGGGGCCUCAAAUUGAAGUUGGAUUAUCUGGGCAUCGAAUGCAUGGAGCACAUCAAUAUACACCUGAAUUGAAAAAACUAUUUAGUCAGCUCCCUCAAUGGACUACUACGACUGGUUGGGCUUCGGCUUAUAAAUCUUACACUUUAUAAACACAAACACUUUUAUUUUAAUCGACUUUGUUAUUAUAAUUUAUUUACGAUGUUUUAAUACACAAUUAUUUAACUCGACUGGUAUCAUGUAAUUUAAUUCCUAUUAUGGUACUAUUUAUAUGAUCUUUUUUUUUCUAUGUUAAAUUUAAUUAUUAGAUUGUAUUUCUAUACAAUAUAAAUAUAUAUAAAUAGUAAAUUUAAUUUAUACACAAAGAUUAUAAAAGACUAUUCUUAUGUGCAACUUUUAAAUAAAAUAUAUGUAAUUUAAUUCUUA